AUUCAUAAAAAAGCCAUUUUCCCAGGCAGAGGUUGCAACAUCGCCGCGGAGGCAGCGAGCGGAGCUGACAGCGCUUAGCCGGCGCUGUGGAGCGCGGGGAGCCUCGCCGGGUCCUCCGGCCGGCGUCUGCGGGUCCAGCGGCGGCUGACCCGCUAGGGUUCCGGGAUUUACAUAGACGGGGAGCGAUGCUUGUGACUCUGCGGCUCCUCAAAGGCCCCUAGAAGCCUGUUUCUCCGCGCAACCCAGGACCUCCGGCCCCAUGGAGCCCCCGAUCCCACAGAGCGCCCCCUUGACUCCCAGCUCAGUCAUGGUCCAGCCCCUGCUUGACGGCCGGACGCCCCACGGCCGGCUCCAGCACCCCCUCACCAUCCUGCCCAUCGACCAGAUGAAGACCAGCCACGCCGAGAACGACUACAUAGACAGCCCUGGCCUGGCGCCCCACGCCGGCCCCAAGCGCAGCCGGGGCGGGCUGCAGGAGCUGGCCCCAGGGCCUGCCCGCUGUGACCAGGAUGUCACCCACCACUGGAUCUCCUUCAGCGGGCGCCCCAGCUCGGUGAGCAGCAGCAGCAGCACCUCUUCCGACCAACGGCUCCUAGACCACAUGGCGCCCCCACCCGUGGCCGACCAGGCCUCACCCAGGGCCGUGCGCGUCCAGCCCAAGGCGGUCCACUGCAAGCCGCUGGACCUCAAGGGCCCCGCAGGCCCGCCCGAGCUGGACAAGCACUUCUUGCUGUGUGAGGCCUGCGGGAAGUGCAAGUGCAAGGAGUGUGCGGCCCCCAGGACGUUGCCCUCCUGCUGGGUCUGCAACCAGGAGUGCCUGUGCUCGGCCCAGACCCUGGUGAACUACAGCACGUGCAUGUGCCUGGUGCAGGGCGUCUUCUACCACUGCACCAACGAGGACGAUGAGGGCUCCUGUGCCGACCACCCCUGCUCCUGCUCCCGCUCCAACUGCUGUGCGCGCUGGUCUUUCAUGGGUGCGCUCUCCCUGGUGCUGCCCUGCCUGCUCUGCUACCUGCCCGCCACCGGCUGCGUGAAGCUGGCCCAGCGAGGCUACGACCGCCUGCGCCGCCCCGGGUGCCGCUGCAAGCACACAAACAGCGUCAUCUGCAAGGCGGCCGCGGGGGAUGCCAAGGCCAGCAGACCUGACAAGCCUUUCUGA